AAAAGCUGGGAUUUUGACCAUUAGCAGGAGAGAACUGCUCCAGGAAGAUAGGAAAUAGACUAUGGGCAGGCAGGCAGCAAAAGUAGAUGCCCACAGGAACUCAAUCCUUCUCUAUCAAGCCUUGGGUUGGGCUUCCAGCUUGAUGGGAGGUGAGGAGAAGAGUAAGGAAUCAGGUUGUAGCAAGGUGACUGCUGCUUCUGUGACCUCAAACAUGGCCAAAUUCCAGAAAACAGGAAGGACAGAAGUGCCCUUCUCUGCAAUUCUUGAAGUUGCUACAUGAUGGCAGUAGGUAAUUUUUGUUUUGUUGAUAAAAAUAAAAAGGUGUUACAGGGUAGGGCUGGGGGCAGGGAUGGUUCAGUGGGUGAACCACUUGCCAAGUAAGAGUUGGGAUCCCUGGGACCAUUAAAGCCAUGCAGCUAUAACCUCAGUGUUCCUAUAGUGAGCUAGGAGAAGGCAGGAGGACUUCCAAAGCUUGCAGGCCAGCUGACCCUGCAUAGGCAGCUGUGGACAACAAUGACAUCCUGUCCCAAAGGAGGGCUACACCCAAGGUUUUCCUCUGAAUUCUAGAGGUGGCAUGGCACACAUGCAGCUGUACACACACAUACCCCACCCUCUCCUCCCCCGCCCCCCACAUGCACACGCGCUCGCACACACGGGGGCGAGCAGCAAGUGAGCAGCCGGGAGGGAACUUCCCACUUAUCUAUAUUUAAUAAUCGUGUCUUUGAACAAGCUGACAGUAGACUAACAAAAGAAAAGGCAUUUUUAUUCUAUGCACGGGUGAACCAGAGGAAAGGAAAAUGAAUACCCCUAAGUCUUAUGAGACCUGGAAACUUAAGAGAGGAUCCUGGACUACGGAGAGUAACAGGAGCACAGGCCUCGUUGAGGGAGGAAGUGUUGAGGGCAAGCUGUGAGAGGGAGGAGGGAAAGCCUCUGGUAACCUCAGUAGAAAAUACCAUUCCCAGACUUUCCACUUUAAUGAGGCAUUCCCUGAACUCCUUCACUGUCAGAUAACCACCUCUGGCCCGUUUGUAUGUAGCCUACCCAGAGUGUGCAGGAAGACAGCCAGCCAUCACUCUGUGAAAGUGCACAAGGAGGCUACAUGUCUGGAGGGGGCACCAAGCUUGUUUCCUAUCUGUUUUGUAAUAUCCAGGAAAGGACCACAGAAAGGAGCCUCUUUCUAGAAGGAAAAAGCAUAAUCAUUAUAUUUAAAUAUACUUUAGAAUCCUCCUCAGACAAUUCGAAAAGUAGACCCUUCUGCAUAUCCUCAGCAAGACUGAAAGGAAGGCCAGGUAGGCUCACACAUAUAGUCUCACUCAGCAAGCUGAGGUAGGAGGAUUGUCAUGAAUUCAAGACAAGGCCAGGCUAUAGAGGGAGAACCUGCCUGAAAGAGAACUGAACAACCAAAAUCAAAGGAAGCUGCUCACAAAACGUCCUCUCAGUCCUUAGAGCUCCACCGUGGUUAAGGAGCUGAGUCCUCAUAGCUGACACUGACACUUGGGAGUCAAGAGGAUAAGGAAGAUCUUACAAGCUUUGAGGGUCUCCAAAUAUACCUUGCUAAGCAGCACAACACCUACACUAAAACAUGUACCUCAUUUAAACUUUUCUAAUAAUUUCUAAUUUUGUAUGACUUUUGAGUAUACAUAUGUAUGUGCACUGCUUGGUGCAUACAGAGACCAGAAGAGGAUAUUGGGUCCCUGGAACUUAAGAUGGAGUCUUGGAUGUUGGCGAGGCAUUAUGUGGGUGCUGAACGUGCAACAGAUGCUCUCCACCACCAAGCCGUCUCUCCAGCUCCUCUCCCUCGCAUCGAAAGACUCUCAACUUGUUAGCACCCCUGUACGAGCGCCACCUAAGUAAUGCUGCCACACGCCCGGUUCCCCAUGAUUACAAAGGUUUCUUUUCUCAAUCCCUUUCAGUUGUGAAGCUCCAAUUGGAGACCUGGUGCUAAAGAGCUCCUGAAUGAUGAGACACAAGUCUUCACUAGACUUGAUGACACACACAACCUUUAAUCUCAGCACUUGGGAGUCAGAGGCAGGUGGAUCUGAGUUCGAAGUCGAUGUAGUGAGUUCCAGGACAGCCAAGGCUGUGUAAAGAAGAGAGACCCUGUUUUAAAACAAAACAAAACAAAGUCCUGGAGUAGUGAGAAAGGAGCAACUGCACGGUUGUGAGAGGCUUUCACGCAUGCUCUGAUCGUCAGAGCGAUUUGUACAGUUGAGUAUGAACUAAGGAUAUGAGAAUCCCUGAAAAGGGGCACUAAAGACAGGCACGUAGCAGGCUGAGCGCUUAAAUAUGUAUUCUCACAAAUGCUCAUCCACCUCCCCACCCCAAGGAUUAAAUAAGUUUUUUUCUCACGUAUUUAGAGGCUCACCAGUGGCUUCUGUUUGCAUUCUCUUUAAUGUCUACACUGCUAUAGACGUUGAUUUUCCUAAAUGUACGUGUGCCUUUGCUGAGCAAGUCACUAAUAAUUACAACACUGGGAGCAAAAAGAAUACUGUAAGUAAUUGUAAUAUUGCAAAUACUCUUGUUGGCAGUGUGCUGGAGAGCUUCGGGAAGUUUUAAAUGUAUGUAAUCCUCUCCUGUGUGUGUAUACAUUUUCAGUGGAAAACUGGAGAGUAGGAAGACAGAAUGGCUAGCUAGAUCCCAGGAAUCUGGGGAAGUCAACCCAUUUAAAUUUUUGAACGUUUUUCUGGCCUCAAAGCCUGCACUUUCUUGUGCCUAGUGUAGCCCCCCCCCCCCCAAAAAAAAUGAGGCAGAAAAUACACGGAAGAAAGGUAUUUCUUCUUCUAGUAACUACAUAUCAAUGGGCUGUGACCUUUUCACUUGUGCGUAUUUACUGAUGAAAUCGGAUUAACUCUACUGGUGCAAAAAAAGUGAGAUUUUAUAGGAAAAGGAAAAGAGGAAGCUGAGAGGCCGUGACAGCACAGAUCCAUGGAGCAAGUAAGGAGAAAACUUACUAAGGGAAAAAUGGAGAGGAAGAAAAGACCCAAACACAAAACUCAGUAACUUGAGGAAGGGACUCUUACUGGUCUUCAGUUUACUGCAGGUCACCUGUCCCCAGUCUCCCGCAGCUGUGCUGGAAUGCAGAGGACAGGCGCGCCCCCUGCCGGCUGGGAGAGGCGUGGGACCCGGGGGUCCAUGGCCCGACACGCGGAGAUCCUCGGGUGGCCAGGUCCGGGGGCGGGGGUUUGCAGCCAGGGCUGAAGGGCAGGGUUUAGAAAGGGGUUGGGGAUUUAGCUCAGUGGUAGAGUGCUUGCCUAGCAAGCGCAAGGCCCUGGGUUCAGUCCUCAGCUCCGGGAAAAAAAAAAAAAAAAAAAAAAAAAGAAAGGUGGCCGCUUCCGCCGGCUGGGUGUGGGCGUGGAGCGACGCGAGCGCCGGAGUCGGCUGCACGUGGUUCGGUUCAAAACCCGGCCUGGGCGCCGCACGUCUACUCCCCACCCGCGCCUUGGUUAGAGAUGCUCAGUGGUGAUUUUCCCACUUCAUGGCCACCGAACGCGGUGACUCCGCUUAGUACUCUACUUUGCUCCGCAUCCGUGGGAGCCAACGUUGCCGGCUAACCGCAAGAUCGAACCAAGAGCUCAGCCGGUGCAAGGCGGUGGCGUUUCUCCCUCGCAAGGCACCCACAACUCUGCGCACUCGCCCUCCCUGGCGCCCUACAGCUGUGGGGCCCUACGUAGACAGGAACCACCUGGCGUGGGUUAGGGGGAAGCAGCGCUUCUGGAAAAGCGGACCGGAAACCCGCGUCUCCCUUCCCGGACCAGCUUCCGCCUGCCUUCUGCCAAUCUGGCCUUUAAGCGACGAGGUCUCAGCAGAGUUAGAAGAAAUGGCCCUGGUACCGUAUGAGGAGAGCAUGUCAAUAGGGCUCCAGAAACUCCAUAAGCCUCUUGCCACCUUCUCGUUUGCAAACCACACCAUCCAGAUCCGUCAGGACUGGGGGCGACUGGGAGUGGCUGCAGUGGUUUGGGAUGCGGCCAUUGUUCUUUCCACGUAUCUGGAGAUGGGUGCCGUGGAGCUCAGGGGCUGCUCUGCCGUGGAGCUGGGAGCUGGCACAGGGCUGGUGGGCAUCGUGGCUGCGCUGCUGGAGCCUUCUAUUGACUGCUGAUGAAGAAGCACAAUAGCUACUAUCUGGCAAAUGAAAAUCACUCAGCACUCAUCCAAGUCAACCUUACACAACAGUGCAAAGAAAAAGUUACUUGAAAGGUAAGUUCUUAUCUUGUUUGAAAUACAUGAUCUUUGGAUACUGGAACUGAAAAAUAUGAUUGACUCCUCAGAUAAAUCCAAGGAUCAAGUUUUCAAAAAAAAAAAAAAACCUAAAAAUUAUAAUUUUACCUGAGCAAUUUCAUAAAUUGUGUGUGUGUGUGUGUGUGUGUGUGUGUGUUGGUGUGCACGCGCAUAUGAUGGGCAAGUGCUGAGAAUCAAACCUUCACACAUGGUAGGAAUACACCCUGUCAACUGAGGUUUGUUCCCAGCUCUUCAUAAUGGAUUAUAAUUGCAUUAAAAGGAAAGUUAAAAAAAAAAUGUGGUACCAAUGUACCUAAUUAAGUUAUUGUAUAACAGAAGUAAAUUAAUUUAGGAUUAUCGGUGACCUCUGGGUAAUUAUACUAUCCUGAGUGGUAUGCGCACAGAAAAUGGAUAAUUCACUGUUCAAUCAAGAGCUAUGAGUUCAUGACUAUUAGUCACUUUAUCAAGGUGAUAAAUUUGUGGAAAUUAACAUACUAGCAUAUAUAAUGCUAUGUUAGCUAAUUCCAGAUUUUACUAUCUUAGAUGUUAAAAAAUGUCUAUGAAUUAUUCUACGAUUAACUUUGUAAGAUUACUUGGAAAGGUCUGGAGAUAGGGCUGCUCUCUCAGAGAACUUAGGUUCUAUUCCCAGCAUCAACAGGGAGGCUCACAGCCAUGAGCAACUAGUUCUAGGGGACAGGACACCCUCUUCUGGCCUUUGCUGGUACUGCACACAUCUGGUGCACAAAAACAUCCAUACACAUAAAAUAAAAAUACACGAAGAGGGUCGGGGAACAAGGACUUUUAAAGAAUCAUAAGGUUAUCAAAAUCAAAUCUUCAUUUCUCCUGGAGUUAAUUUGCAAAUUCAAGUGUAUUUAAUUAACAUUCUACUUUUUCUUGAUUACACAGCAACAACCUCAAAGUGAAUGGAAGGAAAAGAUAUGGGCUACUCUGUUAAGAUCAUUUGAUUUUGUUAUUUUUCCUGGAAAUCUAAAAACAUCUGCUCUUAUGUAACAGAUAUAGUUGUUUUAAACAGUAAGGUCUCACACACACACACACACGACAAUUCUUUGAAAAUAAAAGUCUCAUCUAAGAUUUAAACAUUUUUAACUGUGUAAUAUUUAUUUGUACACUUGAUUACUUUAAAAGUAUAAGAUAGUUCUGACAAAACCAAAUUCAUUAAAAUAAAUUCAUUAUCUCUAGGUAUAAUUAAAUUGCUACCAAGAAAUAUGAACAAAGAAAUAUAAUUAUGUUAAAUUUUAACUUAAAUAAUCUAAAUACAAUUAAAUUGUAAUAGCUGAGAUUCUGUAAAGGACAGCUUUUGGAAAAAAGCAGAAUGAAAAAGGAGGGAUGAAUACAAGUAGGAAAGAAUGAGAAAGAGGUUUACACAGGACUGCAGAGAUGACUUAAGAGGUUAAGAGCACUGACUACUCUUCCAAAAGACCCAAAUUCAAUUCCCAGCACCCACGUGGUGGCUAACAGCCACCUGUAACUUCAGUUUCAGGGGAUCCAAUGCUCUCUUCUAACCUUUACAGGCACCACAUACAUGUGCUGUUGAUAUACAAUGCAAGCAAAGCACUCAUACACAUAAAACAAAAAAAUUUUUUUUUAAAUAAACAAGUUACAAAAUAAGCAGUUUGCCAUACAUGUGAGUAUUCAGUACUUUGUUUCUUAGUGGAAAAGAAAAGUCAAGAACAUAAUGCUAAAUCACUUUCAUCAAAGGCACACAUGCAUGUACAAAAGGAUGGUAUAUAAGGUGAAUAAAGCUUUAAGAAAACUCAAAGUACUAGUACGUUUAAACUGAAGCAUCUAAGGGAAUGGUAGGCAAUCCAUUCAUCCUCCUCAUCAGCUCCUGUGUGUCUUUCUUUCCUAAUUCAAGCGAAACUCCCUAAGUAGUGAAUUAGGACAGGGAUAGGUUAUACCCUCCGUGUGUUCAUGCUGGAGGAGAAGUCUUGUACAAUAUCAGAGAAGAACCAUCUUGAACACUUAAAAUAAUCUGGGUAUGAAGCUAUGUAAACACACACAUACAGACACAGAGCCAGGCCAGGGUGGGGAAGAUGUACCCCUUUACAGCUACCAAUAGUUUAAGGAAAAAAGUCCAUCUAAGUUUAUUUAGCUCAGUUAUCACAGACAGUAAAGACAAUUUAUCAAGAACACCACCCCUAGUGUUCAGACAGAUGACCUAGUGGUUAAGAACGCUUAAUCCUCUUGUAGAGGACUUAGGCUUGGUUCUUGGCACCCACAUUAGGUGGCUCACAAUUGUCUGUCACUCUAUCUCCACAGGAUCUGAUCCAAAGGCUUCCCAGAACUGCUGCACACAUGUGAUGCAUAUAAACCCAUGCAGGCACACACACACUCAUAAAUAAAACUAGCAAAUAUUAAAAAAUUACCCUUCUUUAUAAAUAAUACCAAAAGUUUCCGUGUUGGAAAAACUAAAAAUUUUGCUUUAGGAAUCCACUUUAAAUACAGCUGGAAUACAAAUUACAGGCUGGCAAGCCAACACCAUGCUAAAAUUAAAAAUAGUAAUUUGUGUGUGAAUCAUGUAAGAAACAUGGUGGAAGGCAGGAAUGGGUAAAAGAAAAAAGAGAGUGACAUUCCCAUAAAUGCCUUUUAACAAUUCUUCAAUAAUGUCUGACAGUAGGGCAAACAAUAUUGCCAGCAAAAGCUUUGGCAUUUAUCAUUUCCUUAAAGAGAACCUAACAGUUUUCCUUCUCACUUUUCAUAAUAGAAAAACGUAUUACUCACUAUACUGCCCACUGCUAGUUUGGUAAAUCGGGGUUGGCACUGUUACAGUGGUGAUGGCAGGGGCUGAAGUCUCUUCUUCUGAUUUUUCUUCUUCAAUCCUUGGCACCCCUGGUGCAUCAGAAGAUAAGUCAUUCAAAAUUUUCCUAGAAAAAUAAGGAGCUAUUUUAAUUAAAAAAAAGUCACUAAGUACAAAUUAAGAUUAGAAACUGCUAAUGUAUAGGACAAAAAUUCAAACACAUGAAUAAACUCCAAACAAAGUAGGAACUUUAAAUGCAAGAAUUGCGUGAUGGUAAUGGGGGUGGUGGUGGUGGAUAAUAAAUAAAACUACAUAUGUUUUGUUUUUUUUUAUCUUAUGCGCUAGGGUGUUUUAUUUGUACAUGUUUAGUGCCUGCAGAAUCCAAAGGAGGACACUGUAUAUCGUAUGACUAGAGUUACAGAUGGCUGUGAGAUGCUGUAUGUGUCCUGGGGAUUGAAUUUGAAUCUUUUAGAAGACCCAUCUCCCUCUACCCACUCCAAGCCGUGUGUGUGUGUGUGUGUGUGUGUGUGUGUGUGUGUCCCCGAGACAGGGUUUCUCUGUGUGGUCCUGGUAUCUUGAAACUCACCCUGUCACUCUAUUUAGAUCAGGCUGGCCACAAACUCAAGAGAUCUGCCUACCUCUGCUUCCUAAGUGCCAAGAUUAAAGGCAUGCAUCGCCACCACCUGGCUUAUUUUGGUUUUUAAGAAGGUGUCUUAUUAUGAAUCUCAGGAAAAUCACAAUCCUCCUGCAUUAGCCUCCCCAGUACUAGGAUUACAGUUACACACCUUGCAUGCCUGGUUCUCUCUAUAUAUACUUAUAGAUAACUACAUAAAAUUGUAGCAUGAAGAAAUAUUCCUUAUUUAGGAUUAUGGUUGAAAUUUAAACUAUCAAUUUAGUCUCCCAAUCUAAUCUAGUUCCCAUUUGUAUGAGAAUCCAAAUACACAGCUAAGACAUUAUUCACAUUCUAGUUGUUUGCUCUAGAGCAUACUGGUUAAUGAGAAGAAAUAACCUUUUUCAAACAAAUUCUUCCAUCAAUAAAUCCAGAGUCAGAUAUCUGAAAAGCUGGUUCAUUUUACAAGCAGUUUGAAUAGAUUUCACAGUUAUCACUACAGUCCUAUUUCUUCAGCCCAUUUCCUUUGCCUGUGUGAUCUUUCAAGGUACUCGUGCUCCUAGAACCACGUCACUUUGUUAAGCCUUAUGGUUCUAUCAUUUGCAAAUCUGAUAUACAUGACUUCUGUUUUUUCAGAACAAUUACUGGUAAAAAUAUAAAACCACAUGAGACCAAAUGGAGCAUCUUUUUGCUGUAUACAAAUUAACUGCUUUAUAACAAUAGGUUGUUCCAAUAAAAACCUAUUUUGUAUAAUCAAUUUCAUUUUUCUAACCUUGCAAGCAUGCUAUAAGUAUCUUGCUAUAAAGGUUACAAUUCAGGAAUUCAUAAACUUCAUAUAAACAGUCUAUCAGUGUGAAAAUCUGACUAUAAGGUAAGGUGGCAUUAUCCUUUAUAACCCUCUCUGCAUGAUUUCUGAGGGCUUUCAUUAGAUUAGUAAAGCAUGGUUGAUUCAAAUAAUAUCUGCUAGGAUUUUGGCCAGAAAACUAUUAAGGCAAACAUAAAGCUGGUAUUUUUGUGGGUUUUGUCUGUUUGACUGUUUUAAGUGUGAAGGUAGCAGGAGGUGUAUGUGUGGAGUUGGUUCUUUCCUUUCAUCUUUACGUGGACGUUUAUCUGCUGGAGUCAUCUGGCUGACUGGCAGUUAUGAUUUGCAUAGGAUUUAGGAGAAGUCAUGUGACUUGUUUCUAAUACUUUGUUGGAUUUGCUUCAGGAUCAAAGGUAUUAUAUAAUAACAUGAGAUAUACUUCAAUGUCUCAAACUCUAAUACACGCUAUAUAUAUAAAAAACAAAAGAGAAGGGCUGGAGAUACAGCCUCAACUCCCAGCAGCAUGAGCAGCUCACACUGGAACUCCAGUACUAGAAGACCUGACAUUUCCAGCCUCUGCAGGUACCUCAUGCACAUGAUGCACAGAAAUACAAACACUCACACACACAAAACAAAAACAAAAUGAAAUGAUUAUACAUAUAAAUGCCCAUGAUAUAUAUCCUACAACAUAAAAUUUCUUAAGAUCUCAAAAUUAAUUCACUUAUAAUAUUUAGAAUUUAUAGUUGGGUGAGGAUAGAAAAAGAGCUUAGUGGUAACUCUAAGUACGUAUGUAGAGAAAGGUAAGGAAAACAUCAACUACCUUUAAAAAAAAAAAAAGGAGCAAGGCUAGAGAGAAGGCUCAGUGGUUAAGAGCACUGGUUGCUCUAUUCUAAGACCUGUUUUGAUUCCUAGAAUCCAGAGUGACUCACAACCAUGUGUAAGUCAGUUCUAGUGGAUCCACCAUCUUCUUCUGACCUCUGUUGGCAUCAUGCACACAGCUGAAUACAGACAUAUGCAGAGAAAACACCCAUAUACAUAGAACAAAAUAAAUCUAAAAAUAAAUAGGAAUUUAUAUAGGCAUAAUUUAAACUAACAGAGAAGAUAACUGUAGAAUUCUGAAGUUUACUGAAUUCUUAAGUAAGCAUAUGAGAUUAGUAGGUAUGUUGUUUCUCAAUAUACUUAAUAUGGAACCAAUUGAUAUAUGUACUAAUUGUCUUUGACCUUCCUUCAAGGCAAGGCAUAGACUAGGUAGGUAACAUUACAGUUGAACUCAAACUAGAGGAUGAUAGCAAAGCGCUACCCUGAACUAUCAAAUCCAGCUCUUUGUUAAGGCCCAUGACAUAAAAACGGCCUGCAAAUGUGUAGCUAAGCAGAUCAACAGUGUACCUGAGCACAACGCUAACACUCAAAGGAAUCCCGAGCAGCCCUCAGCAUAGCUACAGAAACAGAACAAGGGAAAUGCUGUGCUACAAAUAUUAGAGCAGUGCUUCUCAGCCUUCCUAACCCUUUAACAUACCUCAUAUUGUGGUGACCUCAAACAGAAAAUUAUCUUCUGUUGUACUUCGUAACUGUAAUUUUUCCAUUAUUAAGAAUCAUAAUGAAAUAUCUGUUUUUUGAAUGGUUUUCAGGGAUUUACUAAUUUAGAGUAAGUAGUCUUAUUUUGUACUGCAAAUGCCAGCUUAUUUGAGAUGUAACUCAAGAGAAAUAAUCUGCAAAGUACUUGCUGGAGCAGCUUUAUCAGUGUCCUGACAUUUCUAUUGCCAAGUACUAUGCCUUCCUGCGCUCUCUGACUCUAUUACACCACAUACCUGUAGGAAGGCCUCCUUGAAAGGAUUUCCCUUCGUUUUUGGGAAUCAGUUACACUAUCCACAGACUCCUGUGAAUCUUCACUUUCUGCAAUAGUUGAAAUCUGAAAACAAAGAAUAACUUUAUCUUGAUUAUCAAAUUUAUUUCCCAUAAAAUAUUUAAGUCCAAUACAAAGAAUAUAUAUAUAAAUCUUAUACAUAUUUCAGUUUCUAAUGGAGACAACCAUACCACUAAAAUUCAUCUCCUACAGAUUAAAAUGAUGCCAUGGACACAGAAACAUCUGUCCAGAAAAUGUUUUUAACUUCUCCCAAGAAAUCAAUUCUGAAUAUAUCAUCAUGGCAAUGAUUUCUUACAGUUGUUAGAAUAGAACUGCCUAGCAAACUAAGUUUUCUGACACGAGUUAGCCCUAAGUCGAUAAUAUGAUUUCCUAUAAUUGUUGUACAAACAGAUUUACAGUUGUUUAAGUCAGUGAUUCUUUACCAAAUAGUAGACUGCUGGCUAUUUUUAUGUCAACGUGACACAAGCUAGCGUCAUCAGAGAGGAGGGAGCCUCAAUUGAGAAAGAUCUGGCUGCAGAUAAGUCUGUAGGGCAUUUUCUUAUAGCAAUUGACAGGGGAGGGCUCAGUCUAUUGGGGGUGGUGCCAUCCAGGGGUAGGUGGUCCUGGGUUUUGUAAGGAAGCAGGCUGAGCAGUCAUGAGGAGCAAGCCAGUAAGCAGCACUUCCUCCAUGGCCCCUGUAUCAGCUCCUGCCUCAGGUUCCUGCCCUGUUUGAGUUCCUGCCCUGAAUUUCCUUGAUGAUGAACAGUGAUGUGAAAGUGUGAGCCAAAUAAACCUUUUCCUCCAAGUUGCUUUGGUCGUGCUGAUUCAUCACAGCAAUGAUAGCUCUGACAUAGACACUGCCUUUCCUCCAAGUCAGUAAACAAUCUCUACUGUACAUAAACAUGCUUCAAAAGUUGGCAUUCUUGAGUAAAACUUAAGGUAAUGAAUGAGCUAUGCCUUUCCGUUAAGGGUCCUUAGACUGGGGUAAAGACUAUGUGGGGUGGCAGAAACUAGAGUUUACCAAUAACAUUAUGUGCCAAAUUAUAUACUAUCGCUUCCAUGUAGUCCAUUAUUUCAUACAGUAAACAUCCAGUACCAGACGAGUCCUGGUCCUGUGUUCACUGAAGAAGACAGAGAGCUGAGGCACAAGCAGGACAGGCAAUUCUAUGGGCCACCAAGCUAAGGAGUGUGGCCCCCGCUUGCAGUCAGUACUUCCACUUCAGACUUCACAGGCAUUAAAACCCUGGUGGCUCCAGUGUCAGUGCUGUCACAGCAACAAGCUCACAGGCCUUUACAUUACUCUGGACUCAAAGUCUGUAAAACUUAUAUUACCAGGUUUUUCUAGUCUAUACUACAGGGGCCUCGUGUGCUUUCCUCCAUGUGACGCAAUGCUGUCACACUGAGAAGUAGAUUUAAACAAGACAAAAGGGCCUGUGCGUGCUAGCAUCACCUCAAAACAGUCAACAGCAGCAUACAAAACCAUAUUUGGACACAUUUGAGAAAUGCCAAAGGAAUUUGGCAUGCAGUCUAACUCAUGUUGCUGACAGUGCUAUAUGAUGCAUAUGCUCACUGCAGAGAGAAGUAAGGAAUGCUCCAGCCAUUAAACUCAGCCCACUCUAGUGUCUCUACACAAAUGUUCUUAUGGACAAUGAGAAGAUCAGAAACUGGGAAAAGAAAAAAAAACUUACAAGAAAAAGUCAAUAGCCAAUAAAUAUGUUCAGAGUGGAUACUACUACGGCAAGUGUACUAUGAUACAGACAGACUCCCUAGCCCUGCUUCCCAAUGCUGGCGCCUAGGUAGGUACUAUCACACCUUAGGGAUGUAGCUCAGGUGAAAGUGCUUGCAUAACAUGAACAAAACCCCGGGUUUGAUCAUCAGCACCAUGUGAAAGUGAGUAUGUGCCUUAGGCCUACAAACCUAGCAACUAGGAGGUGGAGACAAGAGGAUCAGUAGUUCAAAGUUAUACAUACCAUAUAGCAAGUCCAAAGUCAACCAGGGCUCUGUGACUCAACAACAACAAAAAUCAAAAUAUAUAAACAAAUAAACUAAGUAUAGAUGAGUAUUGAAAUAAAAUUCUGCUUUUUUAGCUGUAACUUUGUUUCCUACACCAACUCAGUGGAUUUUGUUGCCUUUCUCUAAUCUAAAAGAUUUUGUCAUUUGGAACAGAAAGGAUUAACUAAAACGGGAAAAACCCAAACCACAUGGCUAUAGAGCAAACCGACACUGACAGGCCUGUGUACCACCUCACACUCACUCGGGCUUGGACGGUUAUGAUGCAGCAGUGCUAACAAAUACAGCAUCUGGUAUGUGGGGGUGUUAACAUGGAGGCAGCUAUGCAUGUGGAGGCCAUGAAUACAUGGGAAAACCCUGUAACUUUCAAUUUUGCUGUGAAUCAAGUUGCUCUUGAAAAGUAAAGCCUUACCAAAAAAAAAGUCAGAGGAUAUAUGCUUUUUACACUAAUAAAAAUAUCAAGAUUCAAUUUUAUAACUAUUCAUAAAUAUAAGAAAUUAAAAACAAUUAUUUAAAAUUUAAAAUCUAAUACAGGUUUCAUAAUUACCACAUUCCAGUAACAGAGUCCCCCUAGUGCCCUCACACCUCUUGCCAUGUCCAUGUCUGUCUCCCAAAGUCCUUAAAAAGGCUUUUACCUUUGGCUGUUUGUAACAGUCUGGACAUUUCCAAAACCGAAACCAUUACCUUUUUAUAACUUAAAAUUUUAAAAGAACUAUACAGUGACUAGAAAUUAAGAAAUGAUAAAGCAUUAUUAAAACCAUACAAUCCUUUGCAAACGUGUUUUGCUUGGCUGGGAUUAAGACUUGUGGUUUAGAUAACUUUUUACUCAAUGGAUCAAAAAAGACCAGAUCUUAAAACGUGAUCUGCUAUCUCCCUUACAAAUAAGAAAACUGGGGUUGGAGAAAUGGCUCAGGUAAGAACAGCUGAUCUUCCAAAAGACCUGGGCUCAGUCCCAGCACUGAUAUGGAAGCUCACACCAUCCCUAAUCCAGUCCUCAGGAUGCCCCCCUCUGGCAUCAGUAGGUACCAGGCACAUCUUGUACAGGCAAACAUGCAGACAAAUAAGAAAAUUUCUCAUGGGCAAAAAUGUCUAGUUGUAAAUUUUAAAUGUUAUAUAUUUAAAAAGUUCUUAGGCUAGGCUAAAUAUUAAAUAAUUUAUUCAAAUAGAAUUAAGUAUUUUACUAACAGUAAGAACAACAUCGUUAAAUGUACUUCAUUAGAAGAUCACUAAGAGCCAGGCAGUGGUGACACACAUCCCAUCACUCAGGAGGUAAAGGUAGGUGUUAUCUCUCUGGGCUAGGGGCCAGCCUGGUCUACAGAGCUAGUUCUGGGACAGCUAAGGCUACAGAGACUCUUGAAAGCCCAAAAGAUCAUUAACAUCUUUCACCAGUGAUUCAAGUCAAGAAUGGAGGUGCAUGCCUUUAAUCCCAGCACUGAGGCAACGCCUUCGAGGCUGUCUUUACAGUAAUACUUACCCUGCCCACCCAGGGCAGGCCUGCAUUUUUGGAAAUGUGGCUGGAUAUCUACCAAUUUGUUUUUAACUCUAAAUGUAAAGACUAACAAACUAAGUGCCUUUUAGCUGUGCUUAGAAAGUAAUUAUUUUAAUUUUCAUGUAUCAAUGAAGUGUCAAUAUAUAUCAAUGUAUUUUGAUUGCUGGUCUAUGAUUAUUGUACUGCACUCUAGCAAAAAGAUACGGUUUUUUUCCUUUUUUGCAACAAGAUAUUACUAUAUAAACCUUCGGGUGGCCUGAAACUUGCCUUGUAGGACAGGCCAGCCUUUAACUCAGAGAUCCAGCCCUGGUUCUCUCUCAGCUCUUCCUACCCUUGCCAGUGUUAAAGAUGUGGUCACAUGCCCAGCUAGUCUCAAAUUUAACAGCAAAGUUCAGCAGCUCCUAAGGCUGGGAGAGUGGAAACAACUGAGGAAACUCUAAGUCUUUAAAGAUUGAAUUAAAAAGAUAAACUGACACCGUUCACCAUGAAUGUUAAGAAAGCAUUUUCCAAUUUCUCCCCACAAUUUCUUCUAAAAACUAAUAAUCCUUUCAUUUAUGGCUAAAGCCCCCUGCCCAUAAUGAUAGCACAAAGGGACUUCUAUUAGGUAAAAUACCCCUUCAAAGUCCUUGUUUGCCAUUACCAAGAUCAGAAACUUUGGAACACUUGUCUUGGGCUAACAAAACAAAAACCAAAUAUCCUUCCCACCACCAAACCUACUACCCAUUCCUAAUUCAGACACAGAGAUGCUAUGUCUGUAUGAUAGCCAGAGAGGGGAACCACUGUGUUGUACAAGCCUUUACUGCUGUCUCCAUCACAUCAAAGUAUUAAAGAGUCUAUCGACACUGAGUCUCCAUCACUGUCCUCCCCUUUCUCACUCACUUUACUUAGGGAACCAGCAGGAACAUACUACUGUUUCAAAUAACAAACACCCUCAUUUCCACAUCUUUAGUUUGGCUUAGCUGCCUCUCCGGCUAUCUGGUUUCUGCUCACUGUGCUCCCCAACCACCUUGAAUGAAUUACAGCAUACUUCCCUUUGCAUCUUGCUCUACCCUUUCCCUUGUUUUAUUAACUCUGCAGCACUUAUCCUCACCUGACACAUUUUAUUUUCUCAUAGUGUGUCUCUUCACUCAAGUGUGAUCUUCAUGAGAACAGAGAUGUACUGUUUGCUCACUGCUGCCUUUCAUAGCACCUAGAACAAUGACUGGCACAUAGCACGUGAUCAAUAAACAUUUGUUGAAGAAAUGGAUGUCAUAAUUUACACUCAUAAAAUCUAUGAAUCUUUUCUGGUACAUUUAGACAGCACUAUAUUGAAAUGUGGUCCAAACUGGUAAGUGCCACUACUAACCCUGUAUACACUGUGAAACUGCUGUAACUGCUGUCAUUUUUGCAAGAAUUCUCACAUCAUCUGUGAGAUGUGGUUUAUACAUACAAGAAUAAAUUAAGGCAGUAAAGUGAAGCUGUACACAGAAUAUUAAUUAAUACAGCUCAGUCUCCAAUAUUAUUAUAUUGAAAUACAUCAGCAGAAGUCCUACUAUUCUUAUUCUCUCACUAGGAGACACAUACCUUGUAUGUUUUGGAAACUUUAUAUAUAACACUAACACUCUAUCAUCUGUAAGUCUGAAGGAUACCUCACCCUGUUUAAUAACCUCUUGUAAGCCACUACUUCCUAGUUAUUAACACUAACCACUGGUAGCUGGCUCAAAUAACCAUGCAAGUUUAACACAUUCUCCUGGUUUAGCAUAUUUCAUGAAAAAGAAACACACAUUACAUCUCCAUACAGUCCAGACUUUCAGGAGUCCAGGUUUCCUUUUUCAAACAUGUAUUUUUAAAGUUAUAAGCAUAGCUCACUGUGAUAAAAAUGUUAUUCUUGAAAAGACAAACCCAGAUUUCUAUCAAAGUUAAGGACAUUUAAUACUUGAGUUUAAAUUAUUUUGCCCCAAGAUAAGAAUAAAAGUAAGAAUAAAGGCACAAUUAAAUAUCAUAUUCUAUUAAUUAAAAACUGUAUUAUGUAUUUUGUAAUAGCAAAAACUUUCUGUAAGUGAAAGAGAAGUAAGGGUGAUUUGUGCUCAGCAUCACUUGACCUAUUACUAUCCAAAAUGGGUCUGGUCUCUAAAACUCUUGACUAGCAGGCCAAGCUCUAGAGAAGAAUGCAGGUAUGGAGUUAGUGCUGAGAUCAUAUGGAGGAUGGCAAGACUGUAUUCCCUAAAAUACAGGCUAAGUCACAGGACUACUUAUCACUGUGGUUUCUCAAAACGAGGCUUUGACUUGGCUAAUACUGUCACUGCUUGUUAGUAAUGUCCAUUCCUAGUAUCUUCAGGAAAUUCACCGGACAACAGUUCUCUACCCUGAAAGUGUUAAAGCAAACCAGAAGUACAAAGGGAAGAAAAAAGUAGAGGAGGUAACAUCAACUCUACAGCUUGACAUAAUGCUGACGAAACCUGAUGUGGGUUUAAUGACAAGAACAGCCUGGUUCCAGGACAAAGGAGCAAGCACCUUUCCUCUUCGUGAAAAUAUCAGUCAGUUCUGGCUACCAUACAAGAAAAACACAGCAGAUCCACUCUAGAAAACAGCCAAGGCUGAGCAAGAGAAAUUAAACAUAUACCAUAUAAUAAAUGCUGAAGAAAAAUAGAAGCUUGUUGAAUCUUGAUAUGUUUCUGUAUAGUAGGAAGAGUGUGGGGAAAGAAGGGAAAGGAAGAAGUUUGACAGAAACAGUUAGAUUUGCUUAGUUCCUGUGGUCAGCAGGUCCCCAUUUUAGAAAGGCAUUCUCUGUCUAACUACACAGUAUUUCAGCAGUUAGGCUUCAUGUCUAACUGUCCAGUCCUCAGGAGGUACAGCUUCCUUUUCACAAGGUGUUCGUGCAUUCUGGGCUGGCUAUCAGCUGGAGGAGAGCUGUUAGAGACCUGAGCAGUAACUAAGCAGUGAGCAGUGCAACAGAGGCGUACAGUUGGACUCAAACCCUGAAAUUCCAUGUUCACAGAGAAGGACAAAGACAUACAUAAUUUCUCACCUUCCUUUCUAAAAGUAAUUUUCUUCAAAUCUAGUACCUAGGACUCACCUGAGUUCCGGAGAAAAGUCUUUUUAAGUCCUUACAGGAAGACUGUGAAGUAAAAAAUAUGAAACGGGAGGCUGGGGUUAUGGCCUACUUGCAUGAAUGUUUAGUCUUUGCUCGCUUUUCCUUCAAUUAGCUGAUCUGCAAAGAAUUGUCCUGUUACUGCUCUUGGGUCCCUAGACCUAAGUAGUCCUCUUCAGAUGUCUAGAAUGCCUUUAUUCCCUUUACCCCAAAGGAGCAACCUCUCCAAAGAAUCAGAUAUGUGAUACAAUCAAUGACCCUCAUGAUGUACCUUCUAGAUACUGUAUUAUUUCAGAGUUACAUACUCUACCUAAAAGUUCAACAGACAAUUCGAUGUCUGAUGUGAUCUCUAGUACAAAUCUUAUCUCAGGUAAGACUAUUAAUUAAUCUUUAGCAACCCUUUCCCCAUACAAACUUCGUCUCAUUUUAAGUUGAUUAUCCUUAAUUUAGGUACAUCAGUCUUACAGUGUUUCCCAACAUUUCCACUUAUCACAUGUAUUAAUAUCUAUCUCUCUAAAUAAAUGCUUUUUCUUUUGAAGCUUAAAAAAAGUAAUUUUCUUUAGAUAUGACUUGGCAUAUAUAACUGAACUAUGCAGAUUCAACAUACUCCUUUACUACCAAGCAAAAUAAAUCUAAACUAAUGUGUCCUUAUUUUCACAACUAAUGAAAGGAGACAGAAAUGGCUACAAACAAGUUAUUGAAGUACAUAUAGAGCUUGUCGCACACAUACCUGAACUGUUUGGACUUGUGGAGACUGAAUAACUGAUGGCUGGGCCGCCUGGAUGACCCCAUGGACCUGGACUGUCUGCCCAUUGGGCAGCUGCACUAAGGUUACAGUGGGAGCAGAUGACGUCGCAUGAGCUGCUGGCAUGGAUACCUACAGAAAACACGGAAAGCAAUGACCACCACAGCAACCUCUGUGGGACUACUCAGGUUUAACAUAAAGUGACUUCUAAUAAGCAAAACUAUGACCUUCCUACUUAAUACAUAUUUUAACAAUGUGCAAGAAACCAACAAUUUAAAACUCUUUCCUGCCUGCUUUUUAUAUUCAAGCUUUCUUUCUUUCUUUUUAAAUUAAAGGCUGAGUAAUAAGGAUUAUAUUUACUUAAAGACAAAAAUAUGCCGAGACUGAUUCACCCAAUGUCAACAACAGACAUGCUGGCCUUAAGCACACAAGUUUUCAGAACACCCUGAUAUUAAACCAUGUUUUAAAAUCUUAACUUUUCCAGUCUGGGCAAUAAGAACUUACUAAGUUCAGAACAACACAUUUAGACUAAUUACAAAUAUGUUUUUAACAAGAAAGCAAAUGCAUUGUAAUUAAAAUUUUCAAUUUCUCCUAUUCAUAAAAAACACUAAUCUGGUAACAGGUGGAUUUUAAGACAUGUUUUCAUUUUGGAUGAAUAAAGGAGCAGAGCUGAAAGAAUAUUAAAAAGAAACUAGUUUUUCUUGAAGUACAAAGAAGUCAAUAUUAAUGAUUCAAUAUCCAAAUCUUAAAGGUUCUUAAAUUGACUGACAUGUCUAUCGAAUACCAUUUAUUAUUCCUAAGCUCCAACAUAUUUACAAUAGAACUUAGUAACUAGGACUCGUGUACCAAGAACAAUGUUAUAAUAAAAAAGAGAAAGAUAUAGGACCCUGCUUUCAAAAAGUUAAUGACCUGUGUGUGUGUUUGUGUACUUGUUUGUGUGUGUAUGUGUGUGCAUGCAUGUAAGUAUAGAUGUGUUUGAGUGUGUGUAUGUGUGGUGUGUGUGCAUGCAUGUGUGUGUGGAUGUAAAAUGGAGGAAAGACACACACUGCUGCUUAUGUCAUAAGUAGAGAUAAAGAAACAGAGGCUCUAAAAGGCUUUAAUGGUCUAGUUUUAAAAGCCUCUCUAUAUGGGGCUGGAGAGAUGGUUCAGAGGUUAAGAGCACUGACUGCUUUUCCAGAGGUCCUGAGUUCAAUUCCCAGCAACCACAUGGUGGCUCACAACCAUCUAUAAUGGGAUAUGAUGCCCUCUUUUGGUGUGUCUGAAAGCAGUUACAGUGUACUCACACAAAAUAAAACAAACAAACAAACAAAAAGACCCCACACCUCUCUAUAUGUCAGAUUUAAAAAAGCUUUCAAGCCAGAACUACUGGGAGGCAGAGGUAUCCAGAUCUCUGUGAGUUUCAGGCAUGUCUCAAACAAAAAUCUUAUAUUUUAGUCAGUAAAAAUGGCACAUAUUUGUAAUUCCAAUACUAAAGAUAUUGGUGCAGAAGGAUUGUUGUAAAGUCCAACCAAAUCCAGCCUGAGCCAUUCAAGGCCAUGUUUCAAACACAAAACUUCAUUUAUUCUGAAAAUAUAGGAAGAAUUGUUGAAAGGCUUUUUGAAGUAAAUAGCAUGGUGAAGUUUGCAUUCUAGAUCAAUCACUUUAGUGAAUAACAUACAUACUUCAGAGGGAGAAAAGUGGAGGUGGUGUGCCAUGAGAAAGCCUAUAUAGUUAGGGUAGGAUGACGAGGGCCAGAAAUAGGGUAGCAGGUGGUAAGGACAGGUCUGAGAGAAGCAACAUGUAUGAACAUCUAGAGGCAGAGCAAGGGCUUUCUGAAUGGGUAUCUGAAGAGAGGAAUUAAAGAUGAGACAAUGAAAGAGGGACAGGGUUUGGGAGAGCUGGGGUUGUGAAAGUGUAGCACUGAGUAGGAGUCCAAAGACAUACCCAGCGAGACGCUUCACUGAAGCUCGGGGAAAGACCUCUUGAAGACAGGUAAUCUUUAACACACAGAUUCAAACUAGAAGUGUCUUUCCUUAGACAGUCACGAAAUCCUUUUCUGGUCACUUUAGUCAUGUUUCGUUUUACUGUAUUCUAUAAAUGUGGUGAAAGGACUGUCUGCAGAGCCGUGCAUGUUGUUCUGUUUAAUGACAAAUCUAGGAGGGAACUAAGGAUCUGUCCCCUCGGGUUUGAAAGACUCAGCCACACCAUAACAUAAAGUUGUUAUGAGCUGAGUGUGCCAUCUGAAGUCCACAGGAGGAAGCUAUCUGAGUAUUUGAAGCCAUUACAGACUCAGUGUUGUCUCCCAUGCAUCCUUUCAGGGUGCACAGAAGCUAAUCCAGUGAUCACAGAAGCUAAUCCAGUGAUUUCCACCCUACGUACUUAUCAAGGCUCUUCACACUUAGGUUUACACAGACAGAUGAACUAAACAUAAAGUACUAAAUACGCCCUCUUUCAUGUAUGUAUGGGUAGGUAGCAGACAAGUAAUCUAGCAUGGAGUGUUAUCACUGGUCAGUCCUCUUUUUUUCCAAUCUUAAGACACUGACUCACUUGAUUAUCAGGGCAGAUCUUGAGCUUAUGAUCCUCCUGCUCAGACUCUCAAGAAGCUGUUAUCACAAGCCUGGCUGAUAAGGCCUGGCUAAAAACCCUAUAUUUUCCUACUACCAGAACUACCAGGACACUGUUGCUGCGUUCUAUUCUUGCAUGCUAUUUUUAUUCUGUGCCAUGGAUUAAACUCAGGGCCUUGUGCCUACUAGGCAAGCACUCUCCUAUCACAGGUGUCCUAUCUUUUCAUUGUAAUAUUGUCACUUACAAAUGUGUUGGGCCAUAUUCACAACAACCUUGGGAAGUAUGGCCUGGUUAAAAGUAAGACAUGCUUAACAGAUUUUUUUUUAAGACACACAGACACAUUCAACUUUUACAACAUACUACCAUAAAACCUAUUUUUUUUUUGGUUUUACAAUAUAUUGUAAAUAUCUUUAGUCUUACUAAAAUAUGGCUACAUAGUAGUUCAUUAUUUUUGUUUUAAUUAUUUAUUGCUAAAUAAAGCCCUACUAUUACUUUUUGCUUAGAUUUAUUAAAAUUUGACACUGUCGUCUGUGUGUGGUGCUAAACAUCUGGGAGGCUGAGGAAGGACUACUCCACAAGUGAGCCCAGCCUACUUAAUCAUGCACUGUCCUAAUGAACUAAAAUGGUACAUUCUCAUGGUCAAAACCAAAGGUAUUUUAAACCUGAAAUUCUAAAAGUAAAAUAUGAUGUAUUUUUUUGUUGAUUAUCUUUCUUCCUUUAUCUCUUGCUUUCUUCCCCCUCCUAUUCAUUGACAAAUCAUAAUCAUUUUGUCUUAGCUUUACAAUGUUUUCCUAGUAUUUAAAAACUGGCAUUAAAAUGUUAUCUGGAGUCAGAAUUAACAAGAGGUUGUGUCAACAUCUAUGAUAUAGACCUCCCUCAAGGCUCAGGGAACACUUUAAAAGAGGAGAUGGAAGGAAUAUAAGUCAGAGGAUGGGAAGGAAUGUUGGGAAACUGAGUUCUUGGCAUGACAGUGCUGUUACACUAGCAAACUGUUACUCACAACGACUGAUUUCCUGAAUAAAAUAUGUAUAAGAUGGGGUCUGUAACAUUCUACCACGGAUGGAGGUAGGACUUCAUAAACUCCUGAGAAAAUAUUUAGCAGUUAAUGGUUGCUGGAAGAGGGACAGAUAUUGUCUUAUUGAGACAGCCACUGACAAGUUGUUAUGUAACUCCCCACUCACAUUCAUGUAAGCAUCCAUUACACUCAGUGGGUGACAACCACCACCACCACCACCACCACCACCACCACCACCACCACCACCACCACCACCACCACCACCGGAAGAAGACAAUAAAGUAGAAGGUAUCUCGGAAAGAGUAUGGCAGGAAUAAAAGGGUACAGAGGUGAUAAAUAUGACACAGAUACAUUAUAUAUAAGUAUCAGACUCUCAAAAAUAAAAUAAUUUUUAUAAGUAUGGUGUUUUGUUAGGAACUUAGAUGAAUAACUAAAAAGUAUAGUUGUAGCUGGACAAGAAGAAAAGAGAAAAGCUUUCUUAAAAUUCACGGUCAACUACAUAUUCCAUUCUACGUCUUCCAUGCUGAAAGGCUGCCUAACAGUGAACUAAACAUGCUCCCUUCUGAAUUCUGAGUUAUAUUAUGGUUCAAUCAUGGAGGAAGGAAAGGCUGCCUUGGACCACACAGAUGCAGAUGCUCGAGAUCUCCAAAACUGUAAAUGGAAGCAUGAAGAGAAGGGCUGAAAAUAAAGGGUGCAUUGAAAGCUCUUUAAAAACAAAUGAAUCCGUUCUUAAUCCUGAAGCAGAGAAGUCUGGCCUGCUAUGAGAGAAGAGUGCAGAAUUACAGUUAAUGGGUCUUAAGUUCACUGAAAGUCACUAUGACAUCCUAGCCCUCUUCUUUCACUUGGCUCUCAGGCCCUUUAUAUAUAAACAGAGUGUUAGUACCUGAUCAAAUUCAAGAUCCAAGGUACAAAGAGUUAAGACCACCGCUGUCCUACAGUUAAGUUCCUGGUUUGGAGCUGUUGGCCUACAAAUAUAUCCACAAAGCUUCCAAAGUAGCUUCUUAGUCAUUUUAUAUUUGUUUAUGAGCCACUUAACGUUGGGACAUGAGCCCAGGGCUUUACAUGUGCUAAGUACAUGUUCUACCAUUGAAGCUACAAUCCUCUCCCUAGUCUCCCUCUACUUUAAUCCUGAGCAGACAUUCACAAAGAUUUAAGAAUUUGGUGAAAGCCUCAACCAGAAAGAUGGAGAUUAAAACAAAUGUUAAUGAGGAUGAUGAGGUAUAUGGCCACAUGAGAAACAGAAACUCAAAAUAACUACCAAAUAAGGCAAAAACAACCCCCCAAAUAAACCCCCUUUUGUGAGAAUAAACAGGAUACUAUAAAACACAGGAUACUAUGAAAAUACCAAGACUACCCAGGGAACAAACAGAACAACCUUGGAAACAUGAUAACAAUUCAGCAGUCAGGUGCUGGGGAGAUGGCUCAGAGGUUAAGAGCACUAGUUGCCCUUCCAGAGGUCCUGAGUUCAAUUCCCAGCAACCACAAGCUGGUUCAUAACCAUCUGUAAUGAGAUCUGGUGUCCUCUCUGGGCUGCAAGGAUUCGUGCAGUUAGAACACUAUUACAUAAUAAAAUAAAUUCUAGAAUACUAUACACAUAAUAUAUUCUAGUAUACUAUAUACAUAAUAAAAUAAAUUCUAGAAUACUAUAUAUAUAAUAUAUUUUAGAAUACUAUAUACAUAAUAAAAUAAAUUCUAAAAAAAAGUUGCAUGGCUUCUUAAAAAAAAACAAAACAAACCCAUGUUUUGUAAAUGAACUUUUUAUUUAAAAAAAAAAAUUCAGCAGGCAGGAUGGAGUGAAUACACUCCUAGGAAGUAGGGCAAAAAGAUUAAAAAUUUCGAGGAAAAUGUAAGGAAAAUGGAGAAACAAACAAAAUCAAACCACUACAAAACCAGUCCCAGAAACAUAGCAUCUGGAUCACAAGGAUCCUGACAGACAUGAAAAACAAAACCACCACCAACUAAUUGAAAGAAAUUUCCUAAAGCAGAGGUUGAGUUUCCACUAUAAAAAGAUCAUUUAAAUACAGAGGGGAACGAUGAACUAAUUUAUUAGUACUCACUGUAAGGAGAUCUAAGGUAUUUUAUAAUGUAUCAGAUAUAAGAAAUGAAAUUAAGUCUUCUAAAAAUUUAUAAGCAACACUAAGUGGACCAUAGGAAACAUCCAAAGAAAAUGUCUUACCAAGAAUUCUUACCCCAGUUAAUCUUUUAUUCUCAAGGUUAUGUUACCUACAUGUUCUACCUCACCAAGAAUACAAAUUCCCUAAGAAAAAGAUAUGAGAACAAAAAGAUUUUCCAAGAUGACUUUAUAAAGUCAACACAGGGAACAAGCAAGCUGGAUAGAAUGUGGUCAUCAUCAAGGAGACUGCUCAGCUAAAUGAUCAGAUGAGCCCCAGUUUCCCCGUGCCUGUUUUACUAAGCGUGCCCUGACUAAGUGUUGCCUCAUCUGAUACAUGAACUUAUCUCCAUGCAUAUGUGGUGCCGUCUUAUCCGAGAUCUGCAGGGAAACCCUGUUCCUGUGAGAGAGGACAGUCAGCUUGCUCACUCUACUACUCCUCCUGGAGCUCCAGUAUCCAACUCACGCCCACCCUGAGCCCAGCCGCGGUGAACCCUGAAUUUCCCAGGACUUACUCUAAUCAGCCACUUCCACUGGAGAUUUUUAACUCCUGUAGAAACUGGAGAUAAGCAGCAAAGCAAAGCUCUGCCAGGAUUAUUUUCCUUUGAGGCCCUUCACUUUAAAGUGAAACAGCCAGGCAUGAUACUACACACCUUUAAUCUAGAGGACGGUGGGUCUCUGUGAGGUUGAGGCCACCCACGGCUAUAUACAGUGACAUUCUGUGUCCAAAAAUGAGAGAAGGAAAUACCACAUUCCUACCCUGGCAGGUUUAAUAUAUAUUUGGUUUUUUCUUAGGCACUGUUUUCACUACUAUUUAAGCAAAUAUAUGAAUAAUGAAGAACAGGUGAGAGCAAUAAAGCAAGUACAGAGAUGACAGCCUUAACGACAGGACACUUAAAACCAGACUAAUGAAUUUAAAAUGCACAGGAAAGAACGACUGCUGUUGUUCUUAGGACUGAUUCACACAUCAAUUUAUUUGUUUAUUCUGCUUUUUAGUAUUAGAAUUCUUAGCCUUCCAAACCAUCUACACCUUCAGGUCCCAAAAAUAAGUCUGUGUGGUAUUUAAAACAAAACUAACAAAAACAAACAAACAACAAAAAUCAGGGCAGCUGUCAUUGCCAAUUCAUUUAUUAAUAAAAAAGUAAUUAUUUCUGAAUCAUGUUACUACACAUACUAUAUUAAUCUUUAAUGAUAUAUUUUAUUAACAUGUUAAUUAAUCAUUACUUUCAUUUCUAAACAUAAGCUAAUGCUAAUACUGAACAGGAAUUCUGACAUUCUUAAGAAAAUUUCCACUCAUCUUAUGUAUAUUUUUAUUAAAAAUUAAAUUCUCUUAGAAACAUAUUACUCUUAGAAGAGAUACAGCUUGGAAUCUCUUCAUGUAUUUUAUACCUGGGCUAAUGUGGCAAUCUGUGGCUGGGCUUGAACUGUCAUUUGUUGACUUUCAGCUUCUGUUACAGCAGCAUCUCCACUCUGCUGGUUGUCUGCUCCAGAGUCCAUGGUCAUCUAGUCACCUACAAUAACACGGAAGAGCGUUACAAGCCCUACAGUGCUUUGUGCUUUCCUGAUGUUAUAAACAGGCUCUGUGGUGGCUGGGUUAGUAAAUGCACUUAGAAAUCUAGUUAGAACAGAAUGCAGCUGACCUUUUAGUCAACUUGCUCAAAUCUGCUUAGCUAUAAACCCUAGUAACUUAAAAUAGCAAAAACAAUGAAGAAAUACAAAGUCUUCUCUGGGUGUUUCUUCCUAAUAGGAAGUGAGGAAUGAUCCCUCUCUUGAUCCGUCCUUUACUAGCUAGGAGGCCAAAGGGGGCAGCAAAGCUGAUUUUCCCAAGCUGCACCAGUCAGGUUCAGAAAGAAGGUAGAAAGCAGGAGUGAUCAGGUCUGAGAUUCUGGCUUCAGAUCCCUCUAGGCAUUUCAUCCUGUCAGAGCAAGAGCAAGCUGCUCCCUAGUAGGUAACUGGUAACAGGACAAAUCAAAAGCCCACAUAGUGGGGCACAGAGGUAAAAACUAAAAAAGAAGUGACUAGAGCCUAAUCAGAGACUUCUAACACUGAGACGGUCAUGGUAUUCCGCGCCUCGCUCACGGCAGAGUACAAGACACUACACAUAUACAGAAAACUAAAACAACUUUUUGUUUGAUUGCAAAAUUCUGGGUAAGUCAAUAUUGGAUUCUAGCACUUUUUAGACUUUGUUUUGCAUAUCUGUGAAGUGUUCUAACACCUCACAGCAGCAAGAAUCAAGAGAGAAGAGCUCCUAGGUGCAAAAAUUAUAUGCAGAUUUUGGUAAAUUUUCAGAUAACUGGGGAAGCAAUCCUUUCUAAAUAAUUUUGGGGACAAGAAAAAAGGGAUUACUUCUGGUGUGUGUGUCCCUCUCAUAGCUCAAUGCCUACAUAUUACCAGACAAAAAUGGAUCUAUCAUGAGUGAUAUCUAUACUCAUCUCUCAUUUACCAGAGAAAUCUCACUGCUUUACCAAACAACUCUAAAACUAAUCAAAUUCGUCCUUAUGGUCACUAUAUACUAUCAAAAUGUAUUUAACAUGUCAUUAUAAUACUUUAAAUUGAAGAUAAAAUGCCAUUUCACAAAUUAAUAUAAAAGUUAAAAUUACUAGUAUCCAUAAAACAUAGAUGGCAAAGUAAAAAAGAUCACAAGACUUGACAACAUGGUUAUUUAAAACAGUCAUAAAGUUCUUAAGGCAUUGGGAGAAGUAACUGCCAAGACUACCACAGUAUCAUGCAAAAUGCAACUAUGAAUCAAUAUGAAACUCUCAACAGUUAGUUUACAAAGUAGUUCAAGGUUUAUAAUUUUUUUUUAAAUACCACAAAACUUCAAACACUAUUUUUAGGAGGGUUAUGAAAAGAAUGCAGUAGCAACAUCACGUGACUCAACAUGGCGCUGGCCCCCUCUUACUUAGAAAAUAAAACUUUCUCAGGCUGGAAAUUUUCAAUUUUUAGUGGAUUCCUGCCCCAUGUUGGAUGCCACUUGUUGCAGUAAAACCUUUUAUCCCACACUAUCACCCGUGGGGCUGCAUGGCAUUGCGGGGUAUCUUGUACUCUUUCUAAUGACAGCACCCAUGGGGCCAUAUGGCACUUGGUUCCAGCCACCCAGUAAAUUCAAGACUCAACAAACUGUAAACCAACAAUCAGAUUUACAUGUUAAAUUCUCAAUCCAUAAUACAUCCACACAAUAAACUCACAACCAAUUGAUAAAGACAUAAACUACUCACCUAGAUAAGAUAAAUUGACCUAUAGAAAUCCAUCCCUUAAGAAAUAUUCGUUAUCAACCUGUAUCUAUGUAGAGAUGCAAGGUGGGGGUCGUUUACAUCUGCCUCCAUGUUGUCUCUUCCACUCUUCUGCUUCUCCCUGUCCUAAAACCUCUGUUCCCAUCUCCCUUCCUUCUCAUCCAAUGACAGGCCUUAUUUUAUCUUGUGUCUGGCUUCACCUGCAAAAUGACAUCAACCUACACCUGUCUACAAUAUAAUCACAUUAAAUACAGUGGAAUGCCAUUUAUAAUUAAAAAAACAAAGUGUGAAGGUGCGGUCAUGAAAAGGGUGUGGGAAAUUAAACAUUAAGCUGGAAGUGGUAUCUACACAAUCUUUUAUAGGACGGCAAGUCUGAUCGUCUGGUAUUCUUUUUACACACUUUAAUAUCGGUACUGGUUGGAGACUAUUUUCCUUCUAGAGAACACAUAUUCAAGAGUGUUCAUAUAGUUUAAGAAAUAACUCAUCAAUAUCAAAAGUCAUGAAUACUAUUUCUGAGCUACAUGGAAAAGUGUAUUUCAACAGUGAUUUGGAGAUAUCCACUGACAUCCAAUCAAACCUAACUUAAAAAAAUAUUUUUAUAUGCAUUGGUGUUUUGAUAGAAUGUCUGUGUGAGAGUGUCAGAUCCCCUGGAACUGGAGUUACUGACAGUUGUAAGUUGCCAUGUAGGUGCUGGGAAUCGAACCUGGGUCCUCUGGAAGAACAGCUACUGCUCUUAACACUGAACUCUCUCUCCAGCCCCCUCACUUUUUUUUUUUUUAAGUGAAAGAAAGUGCUUAUUUUGGUUGAACUAAUUCUCUGAAGGAAAAACAGAAAUAACCUAGUUAUGAAAGCUUACAAAGUUAUUAUACCUGUUAUACUAAAAAAAAUUUUAAGAAAAACAUAGUUCAAAAAAAAAAAAAAAAAAACCAAAAGCAACUAAAUGAUUGGCUAUCCCAAAACAUACCUAGACCUUUGACUUGAGUGAAAAUGGCAUGUGGAACAAAGUACUCAUUUCAGGAGCAAUAAAUUAUCCUUUGCAGAUAAAAUAUACAUGAUCAUUUUUUAAAAGACUUUCUUCCAAUCACACCUUUUCAAAUUUUUGUUUAUUUACUUAUUUAUGCACAUGUUGCCAUCCACACAUAGUUUCACUCUACCAAUUGGUCAAAGGUAGUCCUUGUUUCUAUUAAGAACAGCCUGAGACUACUUGCCUUUUUUGUUUUGUUUUGUUUUGUUUUUUUAAAUUUAAGGUAUAAGGCUUCUUGAUGAGUUUUUGGUUCAGUAAAUAAGAUUACUAAAUCAUAAUAAAAGAACGGAAAAUUUAAGUAGUUAUAGCUGCAGACAGUCAAAACAGGGCUAUGAUUUUCACAUCCCCUCUCCACACUAGAUACUAUCCUCUCUCAUUGGAGACUAUGGUAUUUCUAAUAGCAACAAGUCUUCAACUAAACUGCUAGUAUUUUAUCACCACCUCAGGUGGUUACUGACCUUUACUCAGUGUAGGAAAUCAGUUUUAAAUGGUCAACUUUUAGCUUAAAUAGAUGCUAACCAAAUGGGCAAUGGCACAAAUAGUGCCAUUCCUAAGAAAACAGUGCUGGUAAUAACUACUACGACAGAUGAGAAGGUUCUUGGACUCAACUACAACACUUUUGGUUUUCACCUUGAAGGUCUUACAACACCAUUCUGCCUGUUGGCCUGAGCUGACUUUUGAAGCAGGCACAUUCCUGUCACACUUCAAAAGCUUCUACCUGUUUGUCUGCUAGUAUGGGCUGAACAGACUCUGAGGCAUUAUGUGUAGGAUCUUCAGUUUUUCUAUUAACCCCAGUGUCGUAUCCAGGUACAGAAUUACCUAUCAGAAACAAUUUGUGGGCUCCUGAACAAAUGAAAAUAAAAAAAUCAGUUCCUGGUGCUGAGGCAAUGGCUCAGCAGGUAAAGGUGCUUACCAUGUAAUCCUGGCAACCCGAGUUUAAUCCCUGGAAGGCCCCUCAAUGGUAGAAGAGAAAACCAAACUGACAUCACAAGGUCGUCCUCUAACCAUCACUACCACACCCAUCAUGCACAUAAUUAUAUUUUUUAAAAUCAUAACUCUUGAAGUUACUGGACUUAGAAUUUUUAAAUUGCAAUGGGCUAAUUCACAAAAUAAUAAUUUCCUUUACUAAUAUACUUUACUAACAAGUCUUAAAUUUGAUCAAUCUACAUUAUAUGCAUUAUGCUUCUAAAUGCAAGCACUGUUCAAGCUAUUGGGUGAAACUGUAAACAACUUUCUUUUAUAGGGUUUGCAUUCUGCUGUGCAGGAACAGGAUAAAAGAACAGGAAAAUAAAAUGUUCACCAAGUCAGAGGGUGGGAGUGGGCAGGAAAAUUAGCCAAGUACAAAUAGUGGCAAUAUUAUGUGCGGCUGUUAUCCAGUAUUAUGAAGGCUGACCAGUGAACCUGUCUAACAGGCUAGCAUUUAAGUCACCCUAGGUAGCACAUACAAAGAAGUGUGCUGGAUCAGAAAGACAUUUGGCAGCACUACCUCCCUCCCUGUCUACAGCAAGUUAACACAAAUUGUCAUCAAACUGCAAAGUAAAGCUCAUCAGAGAAAGCCAAACUGCCACUUCCACAAUCAGUAAGUGAAAAGAGGUUGUAUACCCCCGCUGCUUCUUCCUAAAAUAUUCUGACUUUCUUAAGAACCUCAGUCCUUAAGAUCUUCGAUACUCUACAAGUUUUUGAGAAAUAAAUCUAUCUUCAGGGGCUAGAUAUGGUUCAGCAGUGUAUCCUGUUCCUGCAGAACAUACUGUUCCUACAGAGUACCUAAGUUUAGUUCCCAGCGCCCACCAGAGGUAGCUAACAAUAAACUGAAACUCCAACCCCUGGAUCCAAUGCUAUCUCCUGGCUUCUGCUAGCACCUGAACAAGCAUGCCCAGUCUCACACAUGUAUACAUAUUUAAAAAUGAAAUAAAUCUUAAAACAAAUCCAUCCACCUCAUAACCUGGCUAUUUUACUUAAGCCCUUAAAUUCAAAUUUAAUUCUUUUAAAGAUGUGAGAUAAGAUUUUGAAUGCUUUUCUAACUAAUGGAAUAUAUGCUGUUUGUUAUACUGAAGAUAACCUGUUAGAAAUGAGAAAGAUUUUUCAGCAUAAGAAUAAGAUCAUAACUCAUCCUCAACUCUUAAAAUUCCAAGGAUUUAAGGAAACCACAUAAACAGAACUCAAGUUUCUAGGGCAACUUGAGCAAAAGGCGUAUUUGAGCAUGUAAUUUACAAACUGACUAGGGUUAGAGAGAUGUGUCAGCAGUCAGAGUGUGUGUUGCUCAUUCGGAGGACCUGUGUUUGUUUCCAGCAGUCAUGUAGUCAUCAUGUGUCUAGCAAGCAGCUCACUCUCAGCUAUAAUCCACCACCAGAAGGAUCUGACACCUCGGCCUCAGCAGGUAGCACACAGACACACACAAGUUCUGCAGAAGCACACCCAGCCUUACACUGGGUACAAUGAUUUCUAGUUCUUUUGUUUUAGUUUUGUGAAGUUCAAAGGCCUUGUCAACUCAUCCUUUCACCUCUGAUAUAUGCUCCUUUGCCGAAGCGCCACCGACAAGUGGCCAAAGCUCGGGUUCUGUGUGACAGAUGUUGUUUCAUAGCCAAUAACCUUGUGGCACAGCCUGUACUCCUCUACCUUAUCUCCUUACACAGUUCUUUCUUGUUCACCUUGAAACGUUUGCCUUUAGACAUUUUGUAUGUCUAAUCUAUCAGAACUGAAACGUAUGUAAUCAACAGAAACUGAGCAAUGUUCUAAGUUUCUGGGAGUAAUAGUCUCCUGGUGGUAAAUAUAGCAUCCCUUCAUUGAAAGCAGGUAAGAAAACAGCAUAUUCAGUCAUCAUAUACAUACUACUUUACAUAUAUACCCACCUUAAUACUUAUUAACCUCAACUGUCUAAACCUGAGAUUAAGACUGAUUCUGUUCUAACGAAAGGGAAGUGCUGUAUGUAUAUUUUGAAAGAACAAAGCAAACAAUGAGAUCAACUAAAUGUUAACUAUACCAAGUUUAUUACAUCCUCUUCUCAAAUUUUCUGAGCCCUUAAUAAGGCCUUUUUCAAACAGAGAAUGAAUCUAUACCUAAAGUCUCUUCUCUAGAUAGCAAAGGCAAGAAACGGAAUAUGAAGGUGACUGUAAUGUAAUGACUAAAAUUAAUUCUAGUGGCUGGAGAGAUAGCUCAGCAGUUAAAAGUGCUUGUUACUCUUCCAUGAUCAAACUUAGGUCCCAGGACCCACAUCAGGUGGUUUACUAGUUUUUUUUUUUUUAAAGAUUUAUUCAUUUAUUAUAUAUAAGUACACUGUAGCUGUCUUCAGACACACCAGAAGAGGGCAUCAGAUCUCUUUACAGAUGGCUGUGAGCCACCAUGUGGUUGCUGGGAAUUGAACUCAGGACCUCUGGAAGAGCAGUCGGGUGCUCUUAACCGCUGAGCCAUCUCUCCAGCCCCCUCAUCAGGUGGUUUACAACUGCUUAUUACUUCUGCUUCAGGAAAGCAGACACAUUCUUCUCCCCUCUGCAGGCACCCAAAUACGUGUCGUGCACACACAAAUCCUUAAGUAAAUUCCAGAUGCAAAGGAAGACUUUUCAGUUUUCAUACUUUCAUAGACAAUAUAUACCAACAGUAAACACCAGUGUAACCUAACCACUACUCCAAAUGGAGACAGCAAAUAGCAACACUGCAAUGUUAUUUAAUAAAUCCCCUGAUUUAUUUGCUUUACUCAGAGAAAGUUUAUUUCAGUAUUUAAUGGUUUACUGUCGUUUUGUAAUUACCAGGUUAUUGGAAUGCUGGUUUUAACAAAUUUAACAUGUAGCAUAGCUUAAGAAAAAGACAGUUCUCAAAGCAAAUAUUCAGCGAGAGUAAACUAGGGAAAUGUUAUGUGAUUUAAUGUAAACGCUUGUAACUUAUGACAUUUAUGAAUAUCUCGCACAUAUAGUUUCUUUCAACAAGAAAAUUGUCAAACAUUAUCAAAUCCAAGUUUCUGUGUUGUUUUUAUAGUACUGAAAACAUUUCUUUGCUUUGUUUUCUUUAAGAUGAGACUACACAUGGUUCUAGAAACAAGCUUUCUGCUACUUGGUAAGCCACUGCAACUAUAUAGCACUAUACAUACAUCUUUUAUGAUGGUAUUAGUGUCUUUUUUUUUUUAAGAUUUAUUUAUCAUGUGCAUGUAGAGGGACUUCUGUAGUGGAUUCUUACCUUCUGCCAUGCAGGUUCCUGGGGCUAAGUCAGGUCAUCCAGCUUGGCAGCAAGCACUUUUACCCAACAAGCCACGGCACUGGUCUUUUUUGGCAAUAUCUUUAUCCAACCUCUUUGCAGUGAACUCCACCUCACACAGUUCUUUACACUGAGCCUUUUUUGGAAAACCGACCCUUUAAGCAAUGUCUAUAUGUACAGUGCUACACAACGAACCAUAAAGCUCAUUUUUAAAAUGUUUUAUUUAUGAAUGAGUAUUCUGUAAGUAUCUAUGGUGCUGGCCAGAAGAGAGCAUCAGAUCUCGUUAUAGCUGGUUGUGAAGCACCAUGUGGUUGCUGGAAACUGAAUUCUGAAUACUGGAAGAGCAUCCAGUACUCUAAGCUGAUGAACCAUCUCUUCAGCCCUAGAAGCUCAUUUCUUAAAAAUAAAAAGCACUAUACACCUUCGACGAGUAGUUACUUUUAUAAAAGAAGUUUUCACACUGAAAGAGAGCAAAACUGUUAAGUUCUGCUUUAUAAACUAGUUCAACUAAACUGUAAGGAACCCAAAGUUAUGCACAACCUGCAGUUUAAUAUUUAGUAUUCUAUCCUAAACGACUGUGUGAGACUGCAUUCAAUGGACAUUAAAUGCCUACGUGUUUUGAUUUUAUUGAUGUUUUUUUUUUUUUAAAGAAGAGGCCUGUAAGUUUAAGCAGUAAUGUUAGUGAUUUUUAACUAAGUCUUGAAAUUCUUGAUGAAAUAUUUACAGGUCAGAUAUGGAACAGUGAAAUUCAGCUCCUAGAGGUAGGGCUGCAUGAUAGGGCAAGGAUCAGAGGACGCACAUUCUGGCUUUAACCAGACAAUUGGAGAUGUUGAGAGGUCUGUAAGGAUAGCUUCAGGGCUAUCUUCACUGUCUUCAAUAUUAUUAAAGUAGAGAACUAUCUGUUUAGUCAACAAUGAAGCUCUACAGAAUAGAAAGAAAUAUUUAAGUCAUUUUAAUAUGUUGCUUACCAGUCAGUCAGGAAAUGAAAAAAACGUAAGAUAUAGCAGACAAUAUUUAAACAGACCAUGGAUAUUCUAUCUGGUAUGCUGAUAAAUAGCAUGUAAACAAUGAUACAAACUUUAUGCAUUUUUAUUGUAUUUAUUUUUGACAUCAUGGUUUAUUCUUGGUGGUACACACUGAAUCAGGACAAAUAUAUAAUGAUAUGCAUCCACUAUUAUAGUAUCAGACCAAAUAUUUUUCUUUAUGUAUAGUUUUGAUAUAAGACUUAUUUUAAGUUCAGUGUUUUUAUCUUUGGUCUUGAAAUAAUCAACAUCAAGUCCAACCUUCAGGGAGGCAUACUUCUUACUACCAUGACACUUGAUUUCUCAAGAAGUUAUUUUGAUCAACACAAUCUCAGCAUGAUGCUUAGGCUUUAGAGGAAGAUACCACUGUGGAAAGCAUAAGGAUUAAUGAAAAUCCAAAGAACAAAAGACUUAAGCUACAAAAAUAAACUUCCUCUUUAUCUUAAAAAAAAAUAAACAAAACACAAAACCCGUAAUUAAGCUGGGCCUGGUGUCUCGCACCUAAAUCCCAGCACAUGGGAGGCAGAGGCAGACUCAUCUCUGAGUUCAAGGCCAGAACUACACAGAGAAAGCCUGUCUCAGGGAAAGAAAAAUCAACAAGUACAGUAAACAUGUUUUGUCUGCUUCCUCUAAUCUGUAUAACUCUAAAAGAAUACUGCUAAUCCUUUCUUUCAAAAUUAUGGCCCUAAAAAGAAAUGUUCUGUGUUUCCUGCACAAUGGACGUCCAGGAAGUAACAGAUUAAAACACAUAAGAACAGCCUCUCCCAGAGCUAACAACCUAGUUAGAGAUGAAACACUGUAUCAAAAGAGACGAGUAUAAUGUAAUAGUUAUGACCUGGGUACCUAUAAAUAUUCCCUCUAAACAACCAUUACUAUUUGGUAAGUUGUUGAAAAGCAUCCAUUUGGAAAUGACUGGGACACAAGAAAGUGGGGGUUGGGGGCAUGACCUCUCUCCUGAUAAAGAGCUGAUUAAUAAAAUAAGGAAAUUAAUGCAUUUUCCAUGAUCUAUACUAGAAUAUUUACUUCAAGUGAGCUAUUUAUAAACUAAAGUUGAUACUGCUUAGGGUCAAACUUUCGGAGUUAUUAAUAAAACAAGAGCUUUCAAAACUUUUUCCACAGAGAUAAUGCAACAACAACAAAAAAACAAAAACAAAAACAAAAACAAGCACUCUCCUAUGACAGUGAGUACAUCAUUUACACUCCACAGGGCCAGUGUCGUCUUCUUUAAACAAAGGUAUGUGUGUGUGUAUGUGUGUGUGUGUGUGUGUGUGUGUGUGUGUGUGCGCGUGCGUGCGCGCGCACGCUCCAAGUAGUUUAAAAUACACUAUACCUACUCUGACAUAAAUUUACCAAAAAAUUUAGCCAAUUAUUAUGUUAUGUUCAAAAUUGCCACUUCUUGGUUUUUCAUCUUCAUUUUCUUAUAUAAGUCACUCCAAAAAAAAGGCAUAAGGACACAGAUUAAUGGAGAAAAACAGAAGAAAGUAGAACAUAGUCCUGCACCCAUUCAGCUAGCUGUUUUUCAUUAAGCAAUGUUGUUUGCUGGGCAUUCAGUUACUUGGGAAAAAUGUGACAUUUAGAAAAAGAUCUAAAGGUACAAGCAAUAGAAGAAAAAUAACAUUGAUGAACUAGAAAUAAAAAUGAAAAAUUUUAUGGCUCAAGUGUGGUGGUACACACUUUUAAUCCUAGAACUUGGGAGGUGGAGGCAGGUAGAUCUCUGUAAGUUUGAGGCAAGCAUAGUCUACAGAGCAAGUUCAAGGCCAGCCAGAGCUAUAUGGUGAGAACUUGUCUGGAAAAAAAAAAACAAAACGAAACAAAAAAUGAAAUAACAAUAGAUAAAAUGGGAGAAAAAUAUAAAUCAUGUACCUGGUAAAGCAAAGUUAUCUAAAUAAAUAUAAUUUUCAAAGAUAUAUACCACUAGGAAAAUACAAAUCAAAACCACUGUGACUAUCACAGAUAUAAUGGCAAAGACAGAUGACAGCAGUGUUAGCGGGGGCAUGGAGACAUUAAGACCCUUGUACACUGCUCAUAAAAUAUGCGCAGUAGCUUAGAAAACAGCUGUAACAGGGUCAGCACACAACCCAACGCUUCCCUGGAUACCUACCUAUACCAGAGAAUGACAAUGGUUACAUAGCAUAACUCAGUCAGAGAACUGUGUUCAUGAACUAAUGAGUAAAAGACUGAGUACAAUAUGGACUACUAUUUGGCAACAAAAAUUAAUACUAAUAGAUAUUACAUAGAUGAACUUUGAAAACAUUAUGCUAAGAAGUUCACCAUGAUAAUACAUUGUAUGCUUUUAUUCAUAUGAAAUGUUCAAAAACAAAUUAAUAAAGCACAAAGCAGAUUAGCAGUUGUCUUGGGAUGCUGUGUGGGAAAAUUAAGGGGUAAUGGUUUCUUUCUAAGGUGGUGAAUGUGUCCUAGGGCUAACUGUCACAGUAGAUGCACAAUUGGCUAACAACACUAAAAAUCAUGGAACUGUACCUACCAAACGGGAAGAUUAUAUAUAACAUUUCAAAAAAGUUGACAGAGAAGCUAUGGUGUCCUUGAUAGUACAACACACUGGAAGUAAAAAAAAAUUAAUUUUAAGACAGUCAUUGUAUAUGUUCACAUACAUAUAUAUGUAUAAUACACAGACACACACAUACACACACACUUGCUUCUUAUCUAAAACUUAAACUUGUGCCAUGUGGAUUCACAUUCAGGAUUCCUUAAAAUGUCAAUCUGUAGUUAAUCUAACAUUCUCUUCACCAAUUUGUGUAUAUAUCAAGUUCAUUCUACUUCAGUGUCCUCCUUUGGUUAUCCUUUUGUAUCCUAUACAAAAUUUUCAACAUUCCAUUCAAAUGCUACCUGCCCAUCAAGAUUUCCCGUGUGAACUCUUUUCUAAACUCUAUAGCUCUUCCUGAUAGCAGAGACUUAUCCUUGCAUCCCCACACCCUACAGUACCGUACUGCAAAUUCUUUAUGGGUAGGAGACAUACUGGGACUUUUUUACUUAUAGCAUCUAAACAUCCUCAAUUAUCCAGGAAUUAUUUUCUUAACUUCCUGAAUAAAUUUUCUUGUGAUUGUUCUACCAACUAUGAAUUGAUGAUCAUCAAAGUCCAUGAACAGAUUAGGUUGACAAACAGCAACACACAACAGCAGGAUAUUACUAUUAUUAUUUGCAGCAAACUACAGGCUUCUAUUGAUUCAAGAAAAUGAUACCACUUUUAACUCCAGCACAGAAGUAGGUAGAUAUCUUGAGUCUAAGGUCAACCUAGUCCACAAAGUGUCCAGGACAGCCAAGCUACAAAGGAAGAUUUCUCUCUCAAAACCAACAAACAAAAUCACGCAAAAAAGAAAAACCCUAAGAAGAAUAAAAAUGCUUCAAAUAAGCAAAAAUUAUCACUUUGGAAAUGAAAAAUAACAGACUUUCAAGUCUUUUUGUCAACUGCUAAAACAAGCAGAAAUAAAUUUCUGGAAAAUGUUUCAUUAUAUGCUGGCUGAAUUAAACAUUGUUUGUUACAUAUAUAUCAUAAGUACAAUCAGAUUCUCACAUGCAAAUAAUCAGGUUGUUAGGGUACAACUAAAACUGAUGGACUAAAUCUUACAUUUCAAAAGGGACCCAUUGAUGCUUGGGAAAGAAAUGUCCAUCACUACUGGUAUUAGUCAGCAUUAAGAUACACCUUUAUCUAUUUUAUCUUCCCACUCAGCUCACUCUUCUUGAACUAAGUAUCUUUUCUCCUUUUAGAAAAAAAAAUUCUCUAUUAAUCCCUUAGAUCACCUCCUCGACAAACCUUGCUUUGAUCUAUUUAAAUAAACCCAGGGCCUGCCUCGUUCACAAUAGGCAAGUGCGCUCACUAAGUCACAUGACCAGUCCCAACUACUGCUCUGAUUUUUGUGUAAAUAGCCUCAAGAAUUGAGUACUUACAAGGUUGAGUACUUAGGGGAUUUAGCUCAGUGGUAGAGCGUUUGCCUAGUAAGCGCAAGGCCCUGGGUUCGGUCCCCAGCUCCGGAAAAAAAAAAAAAAAAGAAAGAAAAAGAAAAAGAAAAGAAUUGUACUUAGUUCUGGACAAUUUUCCAUGGCUAGACUAUCUAAUACGUGCAGAAAUUAUAGGUAAGUUUAUCUCCUAAAAUGAAGGAGACUAUGAAAGACAGUUUAGGUACUUCACUAGACAAUCAAAAAUCUAGAUAAAAUAAUAAUAAAAUAUAUUUUAAAUGAACUUCUCUGGAAGAAUUAAGAAAAGAGAACAUAAGCUAAACAAAAUCAGAACCUGAGACAAGCAUGUGCUCAAAUUAAGGGAAAAAAUACAUUUUGAGUGAUGGGGAAAACAAAAUGGCUAUCCUCAUUCAAACUUUAAAACCUGCAUUUAUAGAUAAAGUAAGUUUACAUUUACUUUAUUUGAAAAAAUAAACUCAGCAUCUGUGUGUAUUAAACAGUUAUUCUAUUAUCAGUCAUGCCUUUAAUCCCAACAUCUGGGAAGCAGAAACAAGUGAACCUAUGAGUUCAAGGCCAGCCUGUUCUAUAUACAGCACAAGUUUCAGGACAGUUAGGGCUACACAGAGAAGCCCAGUCUGGGAUAAAAAACAAAACAAAACAAAACAAAAACCAAUGAUUCAAACAGAAAUAUUAAACUGAAGGAAGACCUAAAGACACCAAGAAACCAUCUACCUCACUGAGAGCUUGCAGAUACCCUCCAGUCACCUGCCUUUCUAAACGUCAAUCAUCUACCCUAUUCUUACCAAAUCCAUACAAACACUUUGUGCACGCCUUAAUUAUGCAGCAGGUAAAAGUAGCAUGUUAAUAUUUUAUAAUACUAAGAAAACCUUUCAAAUAACGGUAAAAGUAGUCUUGUAAAACUGUAGCCUGCAUGACCCACAACACUGUCAUUCUCAGCUUAAGCCUUUAACCAUACAAAUAACUCCAUCAUGACAGCUUUAUUUAAUAACUAAAAGAAAACAGUGGGACACAUUGUUUAGAAAAUCUGUAAUAUGUAUACUUAAAACCUACUAUAUCUUUAAGCUGCUCUAAAGAGCCAAGAAGGAAACAAAGAGCUACUGAGACUUGUUAUGUGCUGGGGUUGAAAUGCAUUUUACAUAGUCCAGCUGACUAAGGGCUUUCAACAAUUAAAAAAGCAGUACAGUGUGAGUGUGAUUCCCAGGAGACAGAUGUGCGUCAAUCUACUUGUUUCCUAUUUAAGCAAGAAAUACAAAAUUCACUGAUUAAUUACACCAAGAAAUGUUUUUUAAAAAAUACUGUAAUACCAGCACAUAAAAGGCUACACGCUAAGGCAGAAUGACUUCAAGUCUGAGGCCAGCCUAAGCUACAUGAGUUCUAGGAUAGUCUAGACUACACAAGACCCUCCUCAAACCACCAAAAUAAACAGAAAAGAACCAUUCUCCAUUUCAAACAAAACAAAACACUGAACUAAAUUAAACAUUUUUUUUAAACCAUCAGAGAAAAUUUCCAAUACUUUUUUGGUCAAAAUAGUUAAGUGAAAGUUCAGGAUGGUAAAAAUUUUAAUGAAGCAAUGUCAGUCUAAAUUCAUAGCUUGCUUGUCCCUAUAUACAUCUUAAUCUUUUAACUAAAGCUUUUAUAAAGUGGAGCUAAAAAUAAAGCAGUUUAAAUUAAACCUCAAUUUCCUCUCAUAAACUACUCCAUUACUUUUCACUUAAAUGAGUGUUACUUAAAUAAUGUUUGUGUUUGAGACCAUGUUUCAGGAUGCAGCCCUUGCUGGAACUUACUUUACAGACAAAGCUGGCCUUGAAUUCAGAGAUCCAGUAGCUUUUGCCCCAAGUGCUGGGAUUAAAGGCAUGAACUAAUACCAAGCUUGGUAGCAUUACAAUUUAAAAGGUCGUGCAUGACCUAGAAAUAGAAUCAGCUUACUAAAAGGUUAAUAAAUUUAAGUAUAUCCCUAUGUACAUGCUUCUCUACUGUUGGAGAGACAGUCCAGUGGUUAAGAUUAUAGUGCUCUUGCAGAGGACCCAUGUUUAGUUCCAACAUCCACAUGCUGGCUCACAACUGUGGUUCCAGGGGAUCUGAUGUCCUCUUCUGAUCAUCUUGGGCUCCUAUACAGACACUAUACCCAUUCAUACAUUCAAACAUACACAUAUACACAUACAAUUUAAAGAUCUUUUUAAAAAGGUCUUUACAUGCUUAUACAAACCAACUGCUGAGUCAUUAUAUGUAGCCUGGUAAAUGAGUGUCAAACAGGUAAGGGAGGAGAGCAUGCUAUUAUUGGUAUAAAGAGGGAGAUACACAUAUAUGUUUACUUGUUUAUGGACAGAGCAUCUCGGAAAACACGUGGGCAACACUGGAUAGCACAGAAUAUAGGAUAUUUUGCUAUACCUUGUUUUGUAUUAUAACCAUCUGAAUAAUUAAACAAAACUGAAACUACAAAGACUACUUUUCAGCUCACUGAGAGCGUUCUCUUUCCUUUGAUUGUUUUCUAAUGACAAAUAUCUGAUCCCAAUGGUUCCCUGAUCAUAAAGAUAGUAAAAUUCCUCAUUGGAUUUGUUGGUCUUUCUGGCCAACUAUAUUAAACACAACGUUUGGAGAAAUUAUGACACCUGUAGGAAGCCCAAAUGGUAAAAGGUAAAAGCUAAUAUGACAUUAAACCCACCUUAGGAAAAGUGCUUUCUACUUAUCUCAAAACUUCCAGGAGUAUAUGCUACUAUUUUAACUUUACAAAUGAAGAAAUUGAGGCAGAGAAAGCAGACAGUAUCCCAUGAUCACAAAAUUCCCCAAGUGCAGGCAUGUGACAGGACUGGCAGUGUUAGGAUUCAAACCCACACUCGUGGGGCUGGGGAUUUAGCUCAGUGGUAGAGCGCUUACCUAGGAAGCGCAAGGCCCUGGGUUCGGUCCCCAGCUCCGAAAAAAAAAGAACCAAAAAAAAAAAAAAAAAAAAAAAAACCCACACUCGUGAUUUCCCAAACUAGACAGAUGCUCUUUCACUGUAGUGCCUAUCACUGUAAGUGUUAAAUAUUCAUACACCAGUGACUACUGUCAAGUGUUCAGCAGGGCAGUCAAGUUCACACAUGCACUAGGAAUAAACUGCUGUAAUUAUCUAUU